GGUGUUUCCAAUCACAUUCCCGCUCGUCAGUGUUCGUUGUGAUCUCAUCGUCUUGUUUGUGUGUGCUUUCGGACGGGCGGCGAGUCUUCCCGUUCCAACAAUAUGUGCCAAUGGCAAAGCCUACCUCGGGAAGUUUCGAUCUGAAGGAACCUCCGCCUUGGCAAAGCUGUCAAUACUGCCUUUCUCCCGUAUCGACCCGGACUGAUCCAUCGCUGCCGCAACAUCAUUAUCCGCAGCAGCAACAACAGUGGCCACUGCACGACCCACAGUCUCACCAACAACAGCAGCAGCAACUGUUUUUGUUCAAAAACACCGAAGAGUUUGUAAGGCACCUUCGCCAGCAGCACUGCACCGUGGAAGGUGGCUCGUACGUGUGUCGCUAUGGUUACAAUGGUGUGUGCUCGUCGCUACCGUUGGACGGUGUUAGCGAUCGUGAUUACGACAUGCACGUAACCCGGUGCCACGUAAACGCGCAGCAGAAGGAACCGCACGUCAAGUGGUCGGUGUUUUCGGCCGCCCAAAAUCUGCCCGCCGUACUGAACGAUCCGAGCCGGGGCAAGCAGACCAACUUUUUCACGAAGAAAUGGGGCGACGCAUUUGUAGAGGGUACGUCGAUCGGUCCAUCGCCUCGGCUCGCCGACAUCCGGUGGGACCAGUUCGAAGCGUACCUGAAGCGCAUCGGCAAACGCUACCGGGUGCAUACGCGCAUCGCUAAUGUGCCGACAGCGAACGCUACUAGUCAGCAAGCGCUCGUAAGCGAUCGACUCCCGAACGGUGCCACCGCCAGUCUGAAGGAUAUCCCGGAGGUGUUCCUCAAGCAGAACCUCGAACUGCACCGGCCGGCGACGUUUGGGGCGGCGUUUGCCGGCAUUGGCACGGAGGGCGGCGAACAGACGAGACAAUCGAGCCGGCAGCUACAGGAGCGGCUUAGCCACUAUCUGGACAUCGUGGAGGUGCUGAUUGCGAAGCAGGUCGCGGACAAAUCGUCCGCGUUUUUCCACGCCAUGACGUCGCAGGAUGCGAUCAUGGAGCAGAUGACGGACGCGCUGGCAAAUGUGAAGCGUUUGCGAGGCAAGAUACAGCAGAUCGAUGAUAUGAUCGUGAAGGAAUCGCUCCAGGUGAUCCGGGCGGAACGGAUACGGGUCAACAACAAUCUGGUGCUGGAAAAGCUAAAGCUGAUGUCGACGGUACACCAAACGCAACCGAUGAUACAGCUGCUGCUCAGCACGCAGGACUACGUGGCGGCACUGGACCUCAUCAGCACGACGCAGGAAAUUCUCGGUCAGGAACUGACCGGUGUGCACUGCUUUCGCCAUCUGCCGUCGCAGCUGUGCGAGAUGGAGCUGCUGAUCGAUAAGAUGCUAAAGACGGAUUUUGAGCGGUACUCGACCGCUGAUCUUAACCGGCCGUUUCCGGCCGACGCUGGCGAGGAGCGCGUACUGGAGGAGGACAAGCUGAUAUGCAUCAUCUCCGGGUUGUUGCGCAAGCGAAGCCUUGACUUUAUCGAUACGUACCGCGACGAAGCGAUCACCACGGUACGGGCGAUCGUGAAGCAGCUCGUGAUCGAGGUGAUCGCUUCGGGCGAUGCGGAAGUAUGUUUGACCGGGGCCGGUGAAGAAGCGCAAAGUUUGUCACUGUCGGAAUGGAUUCUGCUGCUCGAAGGCGCAACCGGGACGCUGUUGAAGCUGUUGCGGCGCAUUCGGGCCGUGCAUGAUGUAAUGCAGCAGACGGCCGAUGCAAGUGCCGGCCGGCUUACGGAUGACGUAAGCUUUAUCGACACGGAAGCGUUCCUUUCGGCGGGUGAUUAUAGUGUCGUGCAGGAUAAGCUGGCGAAUCUGCUGCAGAGCGUAUGCAAUUACUGCCACGAGCGUUGUGCAAAUCUUGUGUCGAACCAAAGCCUCGAGAAAAGUUCCGUCAGUGCGGAACAGAUCGCACAGUUGGCGCAGAUUGUGGAGCGGUUUACCGACGGAUGUCAGACGGCGUGCGGUGUGCAGAGCGUCCCGUUAAAGCUGGCCCUCUGUGCGCAGGGCAAUCGAUUCGCGCAAAAGUUCCACACCGAGCGAAAGUCGAAGCUUGCCCUGUUGCUGGACAGCGAGCGCUGGAAGCAGGCCGAGGUGCCGGCAGAGUUUCAGACGAUGAUCGAUUGCAUUGCACGGGGAGAGUUUCACUGGAGCAAACCGCAAACACUGAAUGGACCGCAGCAAACGAAUGGUGUAACGCCAUUACCACCACAAUCCGUGCUAAAGGUGGAAGGCGAACCGUUCGCACUGGUAGGAGCCGCCUUGCUGUUGGUGCAGAUCGUUAGCGAAUAUUGCCGGUGUGCGUCACAGUUGCCGGUGAUCGCGCCGCAGCUCGGCCGGAAUGUGGUCGAUCUAUUGCGCAUGUUCAAUUCCCGCUGCUGCCAGCUGGUUCUGGGAGCAGGAGCACUUCAUGUAGCCGGCCUUAAAACCAUCACAAGCAGCAACCUGGCACUGGUGUCCCGGGCGCUCGAACUAGUCCUGUGGCUAUUGCCACACGUGAAACGACACUUCCGCUCACUUGACGGCUCCGGUGCGUCAUCGCUUGCCACAGUCAAUAACAACAUUAACAACAACACCACUACUACCUCCGGAACGACCGGACCACAAACGAAUGGAGGAUCACACCCGAUCAGUGCCGGCGGCAGUACUUCCUCCUCUGCUGGGUACGAUUCGGUGGAGAAAGAUUUCGUCAGCCACAUCAAGGAGAUCGAGAACAAGGUGCUGUCGAUCGUGUGCGACGUGGUGACGGGUCAGCUCAACAAUUGGGACGCACGGCCACCGGUGCCAUCGCAACCGUUCCGCAACAUUAGCCGCCAGUUCGUGAAGCUGCACGAAGCGAUCGCACCGAUCCUGCCGGAAAAGCAGGUGCACACGAUCUACCGGACGGUGCAGCGGAACUUUAAGGAUAAGCUGCGGGAACAGCUGCUGAAGAACAACAUCACCAACAACGGUGGCCCGCAGCACGGGGUCGUCGUGUCGGAGCUUACGUUCUACAUGGAAACGCUCCGGACGCUCCGCGCGAUGCCGGUGAACGAACUGCACGACGAUACGAUGGAUGAUAUUUGGUUGAAGUAGCACCAACAGCGGAACAGAGUAGGUACGGAUACCCGGUUAGCAUUCCAGCGGCUUCGGCAUCAAAAGGCAGGAACAGGGGGAAACAGGGAGCAGAAGGGCUUUUAGUCAUGUAAGAGGAUAGGGAAUGGUUCGUGCUUUUAGUUUUCCGAUCGCAGUUGCACUAGCGCAACGGCUUUACACCAGUGCAUUAUUAGCUUCCUUGCAUUUUUUUUUAUUUGUACCAGGACGUACUUUGGUUUGUAGAUUAUUUUUAUUGUGUGUGCACGCUGGCAAAGCCACAUUCUCCUACCUUGCCAAAUGUUUUCGGUUGUGUAUAGUUUAUGGAGUGAGUGAGUAGUAGACGUUACUUUCUGUCCAAGAAUUUUCUUUCCUAAUCUGGAGUGACUUUACCAGUACCGGAGUAAUUUCCAGUCACAGUUACGGAAAGGAAACAGUUGCUAAACCUUCAUAUUAGAAAGCUUUUUGUUUUCGAAACAGUUUGUGGUAGAUAGGAGCCUUUUAAGCUACGAAUAUGAUUAUUUACUUAAGCUUAAACGCAUUACUAACUGUAUCAAUUCAUACCAAAAAGGAAAGUGCUUUCAAACACACAAACACACACGCUAGUAUUACGUUCAGAGACAGUUUUGUGCCGCAGUAGCAUGGUUAUUCGUUUACUAUAGUGAGCGCUUUUCAACUUCCGUUUUCAAAACCACGAAACUUUCUCCUUUCCCAAAGGGAGGGAUAGCUAGCUUUUCCACCCGUAUCUAGUUCUAGCAAAAGACAGCAGGCCACAGUGGCAAUGUGCAAAGACUGUGUGCGUGUGCACUAAGUGUAAUUACGUCGCGUUUCGCAUGUAGCGAGUAUAAAACGCUUUAGAUGUAAAGGAUGCGGACAUAUGAUUAUAAUCGAUAAACGACAAAUUGAUAACGCCACUACCAGCACCACCGUGUUUAGGCCUCGGAGGGAUUGGAUGAAUAGAGAAACGUAAGGUAGAGCAAUUGCAGAAAAUAGUGGAAACGAGUACCCAUUAAAACCAAACAUUCAGCUAGCCCCAUAUUCGGUAAACGCAACUCUUUGACCAAUUCUGUGCUGCCCAAGCGGUUUUUGGAAGGAAUUAGGCGGUGGCAGAAUACGUUCAGACGUUUAGGUAAAAAUAUAUGACGAUACUUGCAGCAACAGGUGGAUUUAAUAAAUAAAUACA